AUGGCGAGCGACAGCGUUAUCUGGGAGAUCAUCAACACGCAGUUCUGUGCUUUCAAGAUUCACACCGACAAGAAGCAGACGUUCUGCCGAAAUGAGAUGAACGUGACGGGCUUCUGCAACAGGCAGUCGUGCCCGCUGGCCAACUCGCGGUACGCCACGGUGCGGCGGCACCCGACCAAGGACACGCUCUACCUCUACAUGAAGACGAUCGAGCGGGCCCACACGCCGUCGCGGCUCUGGGAGAAGAUCAAGCUGCCGACCAACUACGCCAAGGCGCUCGAGGAGAUUGACAAGCGGCUCAUCUACUGGCCCAACUUUAUGAUCCACAAGUGCAAGCAGCGCCUGACGCGGCUGACGCAGGUCAACAUCCGCAUGCGCAAGAUCGCCGCCGAGGAGGCCCGCCUCGGCGAGAAGCUCGUGCCCAAGCUGCCCAACAAGGUGCGGAACCGCGAGGAGGCCCGCGAGCGCAAGGCCGAGGCCGCCGCCAAGCUCGAGCGCACCAUUGAGAGGGAGCUCGUCGAGAGGUUACGCUCCGGCGCCUACGGCGACCAGCCCCUCAACGUCAGCGAGUCCAUCUGGAAGCGCGCCCUCGGCGCCAUGGAGAAGGACGGCCAGGCCAAGCGGGACAAGGACAUGGACACGGGCAUCGAGUCGGAGGACGAGGAUGAGAACGAGCUGGACAGCCAGGCCGAGUCGGAGGACGACCUCGACAAGGAGGUCGAGUACGUGUCCGACAUUGAGGAGAGCGAGGACGAGGGUCUCGAGGAUAUCCAGGACUGGCUCGGCAGCGACGCCGAGGAGGAUGACGAUGACGAGGACGAUGACUCGGACUCGGACGACAGCGACGCUGGCAAGAAGAAGUCGGGCGACAAGCGCAAGCGCGGCCGUGCCGUCAAGCUCAACAACAAGCGUCUCAAGCAGAGGGUCGCUGACCGGCCCAAGGUGGCGGAGGAGCUCACCUGGUGA